CAAACAUAUCGUCAACCUGAUAUUGUAAGGACGCUUAUCAUAAGGAGUUCAGUGGCUACGUGUCAGUAGACUAGUGAACAUCCAACAUGGGCGACUAUCGUGCGGGUAAAGCCGGCAUCAACGCCGAGGCUCAGGCCAGGAUCAACAGCAAAUACAACGAAGAAAUCGCACAGGAGACCCUAGAAUGGAUCCAGAAACUGACCGGUGAGCCCGCUGACACAUCUGGAAGCGCUGAGAAUUUGUACAGCGUAUUGAAAGAUGGCACCCUUCUUUGCAAACUCGUCAACGUUCUGCAGGAGGGCUCCGUGAAGAAGAUCAACCAGUCCACCAUGGCCUUUAAGUGCAUGGAGAACAUAAACGCUUUCCUGGAAGCUGUUAAGAAGCUGGGAGUACCACCACAGGAGACAUUCCAAACCAUUGACUUGUGGGAGAAGCAGAACCUUUAUUCUGUUGUGGUGUGCCUGCAGUCGCUGGGACGUAAAGCUGGUAACUUCGGCCAGCCGUCCAUCGGACCCAAGGAGGCUGACAAGAACGUGCGUGAGUUCAGCGAAGAGCAGCUGAAGGCCGGCCAGAACGUCAUCUCCCUCCAAUACGGUACCAACAAGGGCCAGCAGUCCGGCAUCACGUUCGGCAACAGGCGCCAAAUCUAAACCUUAAAUGUACAUAAUUUAUGAUUAAAGUGUAACAAAAUAAUAAAUAAUUUUGUAUUUUUUUA